AUAACCUCGAAAGUAUGAUUUAUAACCUAUAAAAUGAAAUCGUUAGUUGAUUAUCAAACAUUAUAAAUUAAUAAAAUUGUAUGACAUUUUCAAUGAAUGGCGCAGGAGAGAUAGAAACGAUUUAUUUCAAGAAAAUUAUUUUGUGGAUCCUAUACAAUUGUACGAAAAUUGAUACGGAGCGUUGUAUAUACUAUAAUCUGACGUUUUUUUCAAUUGUUGUGUAAAAAAUGGCAAGAAACGCAGAAAAGGCAAUGACCACGCUUGCUCGUUGGAGAGCAGCUCAAAGCAACGAAGGAGCCAGGAAAGAACAGGAGAGGAGGCCUUACCUAGCAUCCGAAUGCAGAGAUCUUAGGAAAGCAGAGAAGUGGAGGAUGCAAAUAAUUAGAGAGAUUGCAAAGAAAGUAGCACAGAUACAGAAUGCAGGUCUUGGAGAGUUUAGAAUCAGAGACUUGAAUGACGAAAUUAAUAAGUUACUGAGAGAAAAAAGACAUUGGGAGGCUCAAAUAAAGGAGCUUGGUGGUCCUGAUUAUUCCAGAGUAGGGCCGCGUAUGUUAGAUCACGAAGGACGCGAGGUACCUGGAAAUCGUGGCUACAAGUACUUUGGAGCAGCGAAAGAAUUGCCGGGAGUUAGAGAGCUCUUUGAGCAAGAACCCCCUCCGCCACCUCGUAAAACUCGUGCCGAAUUAAUGAAGGACAUCGACGCUGAUUACUAUGGUUACAGGGAUGAUGACGACGGUAUAUUAUUACCAUUGGAACAGAAAGCCGAACAAGAGGCGAGAGAAAAGGCUGUGAAAAAAUGGAUGGAGCAAAACGAGAAGGACGAGCCGGAUGCCGAAGAAGAAGAUGAAGUAGAGAUCACUGCACAGAGACCGAUACCGUCGCAGCACGAUAUUCAGGAAGCGUUGCUCGCAAGGAAAAAGCAGGAACUGUUAGAGAAAUAUGUACUCUGACGGAUUUUAUAUUGUCCUGUUAUGUGUUCAAUAACAACUAUUUCGUAAGUUUAUUCGUUUAAUUGUAUUAGAGUACACUUUUAUAAAACGCGACAGAUAUAAUAAUAAU